GGUUAUCCAUGUUGUGCAUUCUAUUUAAAGGGGCGUUAUCGGGAGAAGUUUGAAAAGAAGCAGCCAAGUAGAGCUAGGCAAUGAUGGCAACGAAAGGGUCAGUUGUAGUAGGAGUGUUAGCAAUUGUUGCGUAUGCAUUUGUUGUAAGUGAGGUUGCCAUAGCAGCUCAAAUCUCCUCCUUCAACAGAACCAGCUUUCCUGAUGGUUUUGUCUUUGGAGCUGCCUCUUCUGCCUACCAGUUUGAAGGUGCUGCCAAGGAAGGUGGGAAAGGCCCCAAUAUUUGGGAUACCUUCACUCAUGAGUUUCCAGGUAAAAUAUCGAAUGGUAGCACUGGAGAUGUAGCUGAUGACUUUUAUCAUCGUUACAAGGAAGAUGUGAAGGUGCUGAAGUUCAUAGGGCUAGAUGGUUUCAGAAUGUCCAUCUCAUGGGCCCGAGUAUUACCUCGGGGGAAGCUUAGCGGAGGAGUGAACAAGGAAGGUAUCGCCUUCUACAACAAUGUCAUCAAUGACCUUUUAUCGAAAGGUAUACAACCUUUUAUAACAAUCUUUCACUGGGAUCUUCCCCAAGCCCUAGAAGAUGAAUAUGGAGGCUUUUUAAGCCCACACAUUGUGAACGAUUUCCGGGAUUUUGCAGAGCUGUGCUUCAAGGAGUUUGGUGACCGAGUUAAACAUUGGAUCACAAUGAAUGAACCAUGGUCUUACUCCUAUGGGGGUUAUGAUGCAGGUCUCCUAGCACCGGGCCGUUGUUCGGCUUUUAUGGCAUUUUGCCCUAAAGGGAAUUCUGGGACUGAGCCCUAUAUAGUUACCCACAAUUUGCUUCUUUCUCAUGCUGCUGCUGUGAAACUAUACAAGGAGAAAUAUCAGGCAUAUCAAAAGGGGCAGAUAGGGAUAACACUAGUGACUUAUUGGAUGAUUCCCUACUCCAAUUCGAAAGCCGACAAGGAUGCAGCACAACGAGCCCUUGAUUUCAUGUAUGGAUGGUUUAUUGAGCCAUUAAGCUUUGGUGAAUAUCCAAAAAGCAUGCGUAGACUCGUUGGUAAAAGGUUACCAAGGUUCACUAAAGAGCAAGCUAUGUUGGUGAAGGGGUCUUUCGAUUUCCUCGGACUAAAUUACUAUAUUGCAAAUUAUGUACUAAAUGUUCCCACUUCUAAUAGUGUUAAUCUCAGCUACACAACCGAUUCUCUUUCUAAUCAAACUGCAUUCCGAAAUGGGGUAGCUAUUGGGAGACCAACUGGGGUACCUGCAUUUUUCAUGUACCCGAAAGGAUUGAAAGAUCUAUUGGUCUACACAAAGGAGAAGUACAACGAUCCAGUUAUUUACAUAACAGAGAACGGCAUGGGUGACAACAAUAAUGUUACAACUGAAGACGGCAUCAAGGAUCCCCAGAGGGUCUAUUUCUACAAUCAGCAUCUUCUAUCACUUAAAAAUGCCAUUGCGGCUGGCGUGAAGGUUAAAGGUUACUUUACAUGGGCAUUUCUUGACAAUUUUGAAUGGUUAUCCGGUUACACCCAAAGGUUCGGAAUUGUCUAUGUAGAUUUCAAAGAUGGACUAAAAAGAUACCCCAAACAUUCAGCUUUGUGGUUCAAGAAAUUCCUCCUCAAGUAGUGAAUUUCGGUGUGUGACUAAAAGCGCUAUGAGUUCAAUAAGUUGUCUCCACUCUAUUUAAAUCUAUCAAAUUAGUAAGGUGGAGAACAACACUUUGGUAUCUUCAUUUCGCAAUAAAAUGUAUGGCACUCUUCACACAACUUUUUUGUAAUCGGUAAUAAUGAUUGUGUUGCAUUCGCUCUUUGCUUAUUCUCAUA